GCGGUGUCCUCGCUACCCCGUGCUGUGUGUGUGGUUUCCGUAGCAACGGGGUUGUUUACUAACCUGUGCACUGAGAGUUAGUUUGAUACAAACUGCGUCUCUCAUUAGAAUACCCUGUAAGUGGAAUAAACCAUUUCGGAAAUACAGAAGACUUUAAAAUGCCGACCUCGAAGGGGGUGUCAAAGCCCCCCGUCGGGGAGACCCUGAGGAGUUACAAUGUCCUGCCCCCGAUUUCAGGCCCCAGUGGCAGGGCUGAGCUGGAGAAGCUGACUGCGAGCGACAGGCCUGAGCGCAGCAAGCUACUGAAACAAAGAAAGAGCCUCCAGCAGAGACGCCUGCUCAAUCAGAUCGUCAUUCAAGGGGCUGUGCGUGCCUAUGAGCAAGAAAUGGAAGCAAAUAUAAAGAGAAUUCCCUCUCCUCCAGAACCCCAGUUACCCUCCACGAUGAACAGUGAAUCACGAAAACGAAGAAUGAACUACAUGUUCAUGAGGCAGUGUGUGGAGAGCAGCCCCAUCGUUCCCAUUCAGCAGCACUGGCUGGACUCCAUGCUGAGGCGGGUCCCAGCUCCCCUGCAGCAGGGCCCAGGCAGGCCGGAGCUCAUCCAGAAGCUGUUCCAGGAGGUCACGCAGGACUUUGAGGAGGGCAUGAAGCAGUGCAUGGUGAACUGUGUGCUUCUGAAGCCUGGUGCUCAGGUCAAGAGUGUUGAUAUAACAGCUCCACCCCCAGAAGAAGUAGGUCUUGAUUUUUCAACUGCCUGGCAUGACAGCUUUAUAAAAAACAGGAAGGAGAUUGGGGUCAACCUGCACAUUCUCCACCCGGCCAUGAGGACCAUGUUGGACAUGGGCUAUGCAACCUUCAGUGAUCUGCUGCUGAUCGAUCUUUCAGAUAUCCGGUCUAAAGGGCCGGCUGAUUGCGAAUCCUUAAAGAACAAUGUGAUGCUGGAGUGUAAAAAAAUGGAAGAAAAGCUGCUGAACACCUGGCACACCAAGGUUAUCCAUCUCCUAACCAACCCAGAGACACUGAAGGGCAUCAAACCAGACAAACUGGACUCCUUCUACAACUGUGUGUCCACACUCAUCUCUAACCAGCUCAAAGCUCUUCUGGAGCGAAGCAUCAAUGAGUAUGUCAAGCUGUUUACACCCAGCCACAGCCACAUGCUGCCGCAGUUCAAAAUGGAGCUCACCUUCGAUGAUGAGAAGAUGGAGUUUUACCCAAGCUUUCAGGAUUUAGAAGACGCAGUCCUGUUCGUAGUAGCAAGGAUCUCCAGCUCACUGCAGAAAGUUCAGACCGUGCAGUCUUGGCUAGCUGAAGGUACCUCUGUCUAUGUUGAUGCAAAAAUUGCAGAUCACAUCAUGCAAAAGGCACAGGCAGCACUAAAGAGUGCUGUGGAAAUUAACCUGGAGGCACCACGGGAACACUUCACAAAUUAUGUGGAGAGGUAUGACUGGCUGGUGAAUGGAACCGCUGAGUCCCGAGUGCAAAACUACAUAGAGCAGGAGCACACCUUUGAUGAAUACACAGAGUUUGUGGAGGAGUUUCGCCUCCUGUCCAGGCAGAUCAUGAGCCUGCCCUCCAUCGCUCACUACGACAUGGUGCACCUGGACUGUGAGGACCUCAAGCAGGGGCUGGCCAAGAAAGCCAAGAGCUUCACGAAUAUCCUGCUGGAGACGCUGGUGAAGCAGCACAGAGAACACAAUGAACAGAUUUGUAAAGAUUUUGAAAUCAUCAAGGAGAAGGCGCUGAAGAUUCCUGAAACAACAGAAGAAAUGAUGGAGAUUUUAGCUUAUGUGGAGCAAACAAAAACCAAGGGUAUCCAGGAACUGAACACAAGGAUCGCAGAAACGCAGCGCAGACUGAACUACCUCCUGGAUGGGUAUAUUUUUACACAAGAAGACCUGGGAUUGAAUUCGUCAGUGCUUCUGUGGCCGCGGAAUAUUAACCCUGUCUUCGACCUCAAUGAUGAGGUGAUUGAGCAUUACAAGCGGAAAGGAGAGAGCGAGCUGCUAGGGAAGAGAGAGAAGGUGAUGCUGGAGCUGGAGAAGCUGACCAGGAGGAUGGAGGAGUUUGCAGAGUGCUCAGAGCUGGACAUGAUGCAACAGUAUGUGAACGAUGUUCGAACAGUUCAGAAAAGGCUUCAGGAAGCAGAGGAGUCCAUUUCCUUCAUCAACAAGGAGGAGAUUCUCUACAAGUGGGACCAGACAAUCUACCCGGAGGUGGAAUCCCUCAAAGUGAGCAUCGAGCCCUACCAGAAGCUCUUUGCCCUGGUCCUGAAAUGGCAGCGCACAGAGAAAAGGUGGAUGGACGGUGCUUUCCAAGACCUGAACGGAGAGAGCAUGGAAGUGGAGGUGGACGAGUUCUUCAGAGAGAUCUACAAGAUGCUCAAGUUCUUCCAGCAGAAGCAGAAGAAGGCCGAGCUGGAGCUGCAGAAAGCAGCGCCCAAGAAGCGUGGCGCGGAAGACAAGGAGCGGGAGAAAGAGGAGGAGGAGAAGAAGCAGAGCCACACGGUGGAGAUAUGUGCCGUCGUCAUGGAGCAAGUCAAGGAGUUCAAGGAUUACAUCCCGACCGUGUCCAUCCUGUGUAAUCCUGGAAUCCGGGCUCGGCACUGGAAGCAGAUGUCUGACAUUGUGAGCUACGACCUGACUCCCAACUCGGGCACCACCCUGCGGAAGGUGCUGAAGCAGAACCUCACCCCCUACCUGGAGCAAUUCGAGCAGAUCAGUGCCGCUGCCAGCAAGGAGUUCUCCCUGGAGAAAGCCAUGCACACCAUGGUGGAGGUCUGGGAUUCCAUCUUCUUCCACACCAGCCCCUACCGUGAGUCUGGAGUCUCCAUCCUGUCUGCGGUGGACGAGGUCCAGACCACUCUGGAUGAUCAGAUAGUCAAGACCCAGACGAUGAGAGGGUCCCCCUUUAUAAAGCCCUUUGAACAGGAGAUCAAGGAGAGGGAGGAGCGCUUAAUUCGCAUUCAGGAGACGAUCGACGAGUGGCUGAAGGUGCAAGCGCAGUGGCUCUACCUGGAGCCCAUCUUCUCCUCCGAGGACAUCAUGCAGCAGAUGCCGGAGGAAGGCCGUCUCUUCCAGACUGUGGACCGCCACUGGAAAGACGUCAUGAGGCACUGCGUCAAAGACCCCAAGGUCCUGCCUGCAACCUCUUUGACUGGCCUGCUGGAAAAACUGCAGGACUGCAACGUUCUGCUGGAGAAGAUCAUGAAGGGACUGAAUGCUUACCUGGAGAAGAAACGGCUCUUCUUCCCCCGCUUUUUCUUCCUGUCCAACGAUGAGAUGCUGGAGAUCCUGUCAGAGACCAAGGACCCCCUGCGUGUGCAGCCCCACCUGAAGAAGUGCUUUGAGGGCAUCGCCAAGCUGGAGUUCCUGCCCAACCUGGAUAUCAAGGCCAUGUUCAGCAGCGAGGGGGAGUGCGUGGAGCUCAUCGAGUGCAUCUCCACCUCCGAGGCGCGCGGCGCGGUUGAGAAGUGGCUGCUGCAGGUGGAGGAGCUCAUGCUGCGCAGCGUGCGGGACGUCGUGGCACGAUCACGACUGGCCUACCGCGAGACUGCCAGGAAGGACUGGGUGAGAGAGUGGCCAGGGCAGGUGGUUCUCUGCACAUCUCAGAUGUACUGGACCAGCGAGGUGCAUGAAGCCAUUCAGAGUGGGCCGCAGGGCCUGAAGGAGUAUUACAAGCAGCUGCAGGGGCAGCUGAAUGACAUUGUGGAGCUGGUGAGAGGAAAGCUGUCCAAACAGACACGCACCACCCUGGGGGCCUUGGUGACCAUCGAUGUGCACGCAAGAGACGUGGUGAUGGAGAUGAUCGAGAAAGGUGUCUCUCAUGAAAGUGACUUCCAGUGGCUCGCUCAGUUACGCUAUUACUGGGAAAACGAAAACACCCGUGUGCGUAUUAUCAACUGUGAUGUGAAGUACGCCUACGAGUACCUUGGGAACUCCCCGCGGCUGGUGAUAACCCCGCUCACUGACAGGUGCUAUCGCACUUUGAUCGGAGCGUUUUACCUGAGUCUGGGGGGGGCUCCAGAGGGGCCGGCUGGCACGGGCAAGACUGAGACCACCAAGGACCUGGCCAAGGCUCUGGCUGUGCAGUGCGUGGUGUUUAACUGCUCCGACGGGCUGGACUACCUGGCCAUGGGGAAGUUUUUUAAAGGGCUGGCCUCGUCGGGUGCCUGGGCGUGCUUCGAUGAGUUCAAUCGCAUCGAGCUGGAGGUGCUGUCCGUGGUGGCUCAGCAGAUCCUCUGCAUCCAGAGAGCCAUUCAGAUGAAGCUGGAGUACUUCAACUUCGAGGGAACAGAGCUGAAGCUUAACCCAAACUGCUUCGUGGCCAUCACCAUGAACCCUGGCUAUGCAGGCCGCUCCGAGCUGCCAGACAACCUCAAGGUCCUGUUCCGGACAGUAGCUAUGAUGGUCCCUAACUACGCCCUGAUAGCUGAGAUCUCCCUGUACUCGUAUGGCUUCCUGAACGCCAAGCCGCUGUCGGUGAAGAUCGUGAUGACGUACAGGCUGUGCUCCGAGCAGCUCUCAUCGCAGUUCCAUUACGACUACGGCAUGCGGGCUGUCAAGGCUGUGCUGGUGGCUGCAGGGAACCUCAAGCUCAAGUUCCCAUACGAAAAUGAGGAUAUUCUACUGCUGCGCUCCAUCAAAGAUGUGAAUGAGCCGAAGUUCCUGUCACACGACAUUCCUCUUUUCAAUGGGAUCACCAGCGACUUGUUCCCUGGCAUCACCCUGCCUACUGCUGAUUAUAAGCUGUUCCUGGACUGUGCCAUGGAGUGCUGCGUCACUCACAAUGUGCAGCCAGCAAAGGCCUUCCUAAACAAGAUGAUCCAGACUUAUGAAAUGAUGAUCGUACGACACGGGUUCAUGCUUGUUGGAGAGCCCUUUGCUGGUAAAACCAAGGUUUUGCACGUGCUGGCAGACACCUUGACCCUAAUGAAUGAGCGAGGGUACGAGGAGGAGAAAGUGAUUUUCCGAACAGUGAACCCCAAAUCCAUCACCAUGGGGCAGCUCUUUGGGCAGUUUGACCCAGUCUCUCACGAGUGGACUGAUGGGAUUGUUGCCAACACGUUUCGGGAGUUUGCUUCCGCAGACACUCCAGAACGCAAGUGGGUUGUGUUCGACGGGCCCAUCGACACUCUGUGGAUCGAGAGCAUGAACACGGUGCUGGACGACAACAAGAAGCUGUGCCUGAUGAGUGGAGAGAUCAUUCAGAUGUCUAAUCAGAUGAGUCUGAUCUUUGAAGCUAUGGACCUGUCCCAGGCCUCACCUGCCACGGUGAGUCGCUGUGGGAUGAUCUACAUGGAGCCCUCUCAGCUGGGCUGGAUGCCCAUGGUCACCUCCUGGCUGAACACACUGCCUGACGCCUUCCAGCACAAAGACAGCCAUGCCCUCCUCUCAGAGCUCUUCCACUGGCUGAUGCCUCCUGCAAUCCGCCUGCUGCGCAAGCACUGCAAGGAGCUGGUCCCAACAAGCGACAGCAACGUGGUGAUGUCUCUGACCCGACUCUUUGAGAUGCUGCUGGCCAACACUGUGAGGGAGGACCCGGAAAAUAAGAGCAUCCGCGUCUGGACGCAGGCUGCCUUCGUCUUCUCGUUGACCUGGUCGGUCGGGGGGAGCUGCGACACAGACAGCCGCGUGAAGUUUGACAGCUUCCUGAAGGAAAUCGUGGCUGGGAAAUCAGAGGACCAUCCCAUUCCAGCUACCAUCGGAAAAUGGGAAUGUCCCUUUGAUGAGAAAGGGCUGGUCUACGACUACUCCUAUGAGUAUAAAGGUAAAGGACGCUGGGUCCAUUGGAACGAGUCUAUCAAGAACAUUUCCCUGGGCGACAAAAACACAAAAGUGCAGGAUAUCAUUGUGCCGACCAUGGACACCAUCAGAUACACCUAUCUCAUGGACCUCUGUAUCCAGCAUGGCAAGCCACUGUUGUUUGUGGGCCCUACUGGCACAGGGAAGUCUGUCUAUGUGAAAGACAAGCUUAUGAACAACUUGGAUAAGGAUCGAUACCUUCCCUUCUUCAUCAACUUCUCAGCAAGGACCAGUGCCAACCAGAGCCAGACUAUUAUCAUGUCCAGGCUGGAUAAGAGACGCAAGGGUGUGUUCGGGCCCCCGAUGGGUAAGAAGUGUGUUAUCUUCGUGGAUGACAUGAACAUGCCAGCUCUGGAGCAGUAUGGAGCGCAGCCCCCCAUCGAACUGCUCCGGCAGUAUUUCGACCACGGAAACUGGUAUGACCUGAAGGACACCAGCAAGAUCUCUCUGGUAGACAUUCAGCUCAUCGCUGCCAUGGGUCCUCCAGGGGGUGGUAGGAACGCAGUCACCCCCAGGUUCUUGCGACACUUUAAUAUCUGCAGCAUCAACUCCUUCAGCGAUGAGACAAUGGUGCGCAUCUUCUCCAACAUCGUGGCCUUCUAUCUGAGGAACAACGACUUCCCACCAGACUACUUUACAGUUGGCAGUCAGAUCGUCAAUGCUACAAUGGAGGUCUAUAAGAAAGCCAUGGAUAACCUGCUGCCCACGCCUGCCAAGUCCCACUACACCUUCAACCUUCGCGACUUCUCCCGGGUCAUCCAGGGCUGCCUGCUGCUGAAGAGAGACUCUCUGGAGAGCAAGCGCACCAUGAUCCGGCUCUUCGUGCACGAGGUCUUCCGCGUCUACUACGACCGCCUGGUGGACAGCAAGGACAGGCUGUGGCUCUACAAACUCAUGAAGGACAUCGUGAAGGAGCACUUCAAAGAGAACUUUGACUCUGUCUUUGAGCACCUGAAGCAGGGCAGUGCCCCGCUGUGUGAGGAGGACAUGCGCAGCUUGCUGUUUGGGGACUACAUGCAUCCUGACCUGGAGGAAGAGGAGAGGCUGUACGCUGAGGUCCCCUCUGUCCAGCAGUUCAGCACUGUGGUGGAGCAGUGCUUGGACGAGUACAACCAGACUCACAAAACAUGCAUGAACCUCGUCAUCUUCCGCUAUGUCCUGGAGCACCUGUCCCGGAUCAGCCGCGUGCUGAAGCAGCCCGGGGGGAAUGCCCUGCUGGUGGGGGUGGGGGGCAGUGGGAGGCAGUCUCUCACACGGCUGGCCACCUCCAUGGCCAAGAUGAGCAUCUUCCAGCCAGAGAUCUCCAAGAGCUACGGCAUGAAUGAGUGGAGAGAGGACCUCAAGCACCUGUUGCGCAGUGCGGGGGUGAAAGGGCAGAAGACAGUGUUCUUGAUCACAGACACGCAGAUCAAAGAGGAAGCGUUCCUGGAGGACGUGGACAGUGUGCUAAACACUGGGGAGGUGCCCAACCUCUUCGCAGUGGACGAGAAGCAGGAGAUCAUGGAGGCAGUGCGCCCGAUCGCUCAGGCAGGCAAUAAGAGCGCGGAGUUCAGCCCGCUGGCCCUGUUUGCCUUCUUUGUGACCCGCUGCAAGGAGAACCUGCACAUCGUGGUGGCCUUCAGCCCCAUUGGGGACGCCUUCCGGAACCGGCUGAGGCAGUUCCCAUCGCUCAUCAACUGCUGCACCAUCGACUGGUUCCAGCCCUGGCCCGAGGAUGCCCUGGAGCGGGUGGCUAACAAGUUCCUGGAGACGCUGGAGCUGAGUGACCUGGAGCGCCAUGAGGUCAUGCCCAUCUGCAAGCACUUCCACACCACCGCCAUCCAGCUGUCUGACAAGUUCCUGCACGAGUUGGGGCGUCAUAACUACGUGACCCCCACCUCCUACCUGGAACUCAUCGCUGCUUUCAGGCAACUCCUCACCCAGAAGAGAGACGCUGUCAUGAAAGCCAAGCGCAGGUACACCAACGGGCUCGACAAACUGGCCUUCGCAGGGUCUCAGGUUGGUGAGAUGAAGAAAGAGCUUGUUGAACUACAGCCAAAACUAGAAGUUGCAAAAGUUGAAAACAAUAACAUGAUGAAGAUUAUAGAGAAGGAGUCUGCGGAGGUGAAAGCGAAGAGUAAGAUCGUGAGGGUGGAUGAGGAGGCAGCCACUCUGAAGGCGUCGGAGGCCCAGUCCCUGAAGAACGAGUGUGAGAGCGAGCUGGCUGAAGCCAUUCCAGCACUGGAGGCGGCUCUCUCCGCUCUCAACACCCUCAAGCCGUCUGAUGUUACGAUUGUUAAAUCGAUGAAGAACCCCCCAUCGGGGGUGAAGCUGGUGAUGUCGGGGGUCUGCGUCAUGAAGGAUAUCAAGCCAGAGAAGAUCAGUGAUCCUGCGGGGACUGGACAGAAGAUUCUUGACUACUGGGGUCCAAGCAAGAAGCUGCUGGGUGACAUGAAUUUCCUCAGGGAUUUAAAAGAGUAUGACAAGGAUAAUAUUCCAGUCCCUGUGAUGCAGAAGAUCCGCAGUGAGUACAUCACCAACCCCGACUUCGACCCAGCCAAGGUGGCCAAAGCUUCCUCCGCUGCAGAGGGCUUGUGCAAGUGGAUCCUGGCAAUGGAGGUGUAUGACAGGGUUGCAAAGGUUGUGGCUCCGAAGAAGGCUCGCCUGGCAGAGGCACAGCUCUCUCUGGCAGAGACCAUGGCGCUACUGAAUCACAAGAGGGCAGAGCUGAAGGAGGUGGAGGACCGGCUGGCUGCGCUGCAGCUGACCUUCAGAGAGAAGACGGAAGAGAAGGCUCAGCUCGAGAUCCAGGUGGACCUGUGCGCCAAGAAGCUGGAGAGGGCGGAGAAGCUGAUCGGAGGACUGGGAGGGGAAAAAACAAGGUGGUCCAAGGCUGCUGAUGACCUGCAGAACACCUAUGAUAACCUGACAGGUGAUGUCCUGAUCUCCGCGGGCGUCAUUGCCUAUCUGGGUGCCUUCACCGCUGCCUUCCGCCAGGAGUGCACCAAGAGCUGGACCCAGCUGUGCAAGAGUAAGCAGAUCCCAUGCUGUGAUGACUUCUCUCUCAGUAAGACCCUGGGGGAUCCCAUAAAGAUCCGAGCCUGGAACAUUGCUGGCUUACCCACUGACGCUUUCUCCAUCGACAACGGGGUGAUAGUGGGAAACUCCAGGCGCUGGCCCCUCAUGAUUGACCCCCAGGGCCAGGCCAACAAGUGGGUGAAGAACACAGAGAAGGAGAGCAACCUGAGUGUGAUCAAGCUCACGGACUCGGACUACAUGCGCACCCUGGAGAACUGCAUCCAGUUCGGGUCGCCUCUGCUGCUGGAGAACGUGGGAGAGGAGCUGGACCCCUCGCUCGAGCCCCUGCUGCUCAAACAGACCUUCAAACAAGGAGGUGUUGAGUGCAUCCGGCUUGGGGAAAACGUGAUUGAGUACUCCAGUGACUUCAGGUUCUACAUUACCACCAAGCUGAGGAAUCCACACUACCUGCCGGAGCUGGCUACCAAGGUGUCCCUGCUCAACUUCAUGAUCACACCCGAGGGCUUGGAGGACCAGCUCCUGGGCAUCGUGGUGGCCAAGGAGAGGCCAGAGCUGGAGGAGGAGAGGAACGCGCUGAUCCUGCAGUCCGCCACCAACAAGAAACAGCUGAAAGAGAUCGAGGACAAGAUCCUGGAGACGCUGCAGUCUUCCGAGGGCAACAUCCUGGAGGACGAGAGUGCCAUCCAGGUCCUGGACUCGGCCAAGAUCAUGUCCAACGAGAUCAGCAAGAAACAGCAGAUCGCAGAGAGGACAGAACUAAAGAUAGCAGAGUCCAGAGAGGGAUACAGGCCUAUCGCCAAGCACUCCUCGGUUCUGUUCUUCAGCAUCGCGGACCUGGCUAACAUCGACCCCAUGUACCAGUACUCUCUCGGCUGGUUUGUUAACCUCUACAUCAACUCCAUCCAGGACAGUAACAAAUCUAAAAUCCUGGAGAAGCGUCUGAGAUACCUGAAUGACCACUUCACCUAUAACCUGUACUGCAACGUGUGCCGCUCGCUGUUUGAGAAGGACAAGCUGCUCUUCUCCUUCCUGCUCUGCUGCAACCUGCUCAUGGCUAAGAAGGAGAUAGAUUACCAGGAAUUCAUGUUCUUGCUCACGGGAGGGGUGGGUCUGCAGAACAGCCUGGAGAACCCGGACCCUUCCUGGCUGCUGGACAAGAGCUGGGACGAGAUUUGCAGAGCCAGCGACCUGCCGGCCUUCAGAGGGCUGCGGGAACAUUUCCGCAAGGCUCCGAGUGAUUUCCUUGCCAUUUACGACAGCAAGGAGCCCUACAAUGAGCCUUUACCAAAACCAUGGAACGAAAAACUCAAUGAGCUGCAAAAGAUGAUCAUUCAGAGGUGUCUCCGGCCUGACAAGAUCACCCCCGGUAUCUCGAACUAUGUUACUGAUAAACUGGGGAAGAAGUUUGUGGAGCCCCCUCCCUUUGACCUGACGAAGAGCUACGCAGACUCCAACGCUACAAUCCCUCUCAUCUUCGUUCUCUCCCCAGGGGCAGACCCCAUGGCUAGCUUGCUGAAGUUUGCAAACGAUAAAAACUUUGGGGGAGACAAGUUCCAGGCCAUCUCCCUGGGACAGGGCCAGGGUCCCAUCGCUGCCAGGAUGAUCCGUGCUGCCAUGACGGCAGGGAGCUGGGUGUGCCUGCAGAACUGCCACCUGGCCGUGUCCUGGAUGCCCACGCUGGAGAAGAUCUGCGAGGAGUUCAGCCCUGACUCCUGCCACCCGGACUUCAGGCUCUGGCUCACCAGCUACCCCUCACCCAAGUUCCCGGUCACUAUCCUGCAGAACGGAGUGAAGAUGACCAAUGAGCCCCCCACUGGUCUGCGCCUGAACCUGCUGCAGUCCUACCUCACCGACCCCAUCUCAGACACAGAGUUCUUCAGCUCCUGCACGCAUAAAGAGCAGAUAUGGGAGAAGCUGCUGUAUGGAGUGUGUUUUUUCCACGCUCUUGUCCAGGAGAGGAAGAAGUUUGGACCCCUGGGCUGGAACAUUCCCUAUGGGUUUAACGAGUCUGACCUGCGCAUCAGUAUCAGGCAGCUGCAGCUCUUUGUGAAGGAGUAUGAGCAGGUGCCCUUCGAAGCCAUCACCUACCUGACGGGGGAGUGUAACUACGGAGGCCGUGUGACCGAUGACUGGGACAGGAGGCUGCUCAUGACCAUCCUCGCCGACUUCUACAACCCCGAGAUCAUCGACAACCCCCGCUACACCUUCUCACCCAGCGGGAACUACUACGCCCCCCCCAAGAGUGUGUAUGAAGAUUACAUUGAAUUUAUAAAGAAGCUGCCCCUCACCCAGCACCCCGAGGUGUUCGGCAUGCAUGAGAACGUGGACAUCUCCAAGGACCUGCAGCAGACCCGCAUCCUGUUCAACUCGCUGCUGCUGACCCAGGGGGGCGGCAGGAAGGGGGGCUCCUCCGGGGGGGGCGAUAGCACUCUGUUCGAGAUCGCCAAAGGCAUCCUCACCAAGCUUCCUAAAGACUUUGACAUUGAGGCUGCGUUGCAGAAGUUCCCAGUGAGAUAUGAUGAGAGUAUGAACACAGUGUUGGUGCAGGAAAUGGAGAGAUUCAACAAUUUGAUCCGGACAAUACGCAGCAGCCUCCUGAACCUCCAGAAAGCCAUCAAAGGUCUUGUGGUCAUGGACUCGGACUUGGAGGCCCUUGCCAGUAGUCUGCUUGUUGGAAAGGUGCCGGAGAAAUGGGCGAAGCGCUCCUACCCCAGCCUCAAACCACUGGGGAGCUACAUCAACGACUUCCUCGCCAGGCUCAAAUUCUUACAGGACUGGUACGAUCAUGACAAGCCCAAAGUGUACUGGCUGUCUGGGUUCUUCUUCACCCAGGCCUUCCUGACGGGAGCGAUGCAGAACUACGCCAGGAAAUACACCAUCCCUAUCGACCUGCUCGGCUUCAACUUCGAGGUGCUUCCCUUGGACACCUCUAAUACUGCUCCUGAAGACGGUGUUUAUAUCCACGGACUCUUCUUAGAUGGUGCUCGCUGGGACAAGAAAAACGGUGUCCUGUCAGAACAGUAUCCCAAAGUGCUGUUUGAUCCCAUUCCUAUCAUGUGGAUAAAACCAAAGAAAAUGUCUUCAGAGAAGAAAGCCGAUGAGUACGUGUGCCCCUUGUACAAAACGAGCGAGCGCAAGGGGACCCUGUCCACCACAGGGCACUCCACCAACUUCGUUAUCGCCAUGAGGCUGCCCUCAGCACGGCCCGUGCAGCACUGGAUAAAGCGUGGGGUGGCACUACUCUGCCAGCUGGAUGACUGAGAAGAACAAGGGGCAGAAUCACACACACACACACAAAGACACACACGCACGCACACACACACAGACACACACACAAAGACGCACACACACACAGACACACACACACAAAGACG